CUUUCUAAAUGUUUCAUAUUUUCCUAUUUAACCCACUUUCACUUGUGCAUGGCGGCCCACCAGCCAUGUCAUUGCGCAUGUGGAGUCCCUUCUAUCAUUCUUUUGGCCAAUCGCCAAGAGGCUCUCGAACUCGCAAUGAAUUAUUGCGAGGCGUGACGAUUAUUGCUUUAAUGUUGCAUGUCCGAUUGGAUGAGCGCCCUGCGUUAACUUUCUCGUUCGGAAUGUCGUAGGAUAUCCAACACGGAUUAAACAGUUCUAGGUGGGAGAGUGGGGUGUGGGUGGCGAUGAUGUGCUCAUGACGUCAUCAGUUGGUAUCUAGGCUGUAAUGGUAGAAGCUUUUCGUUUAGCGUUGUAGUCCAGAGGUCCACAUCUAUAGAGGAAGAGAUACACAAUCGGCGUUUGUUUGUGAAGUGAAGAUGGUGACGAGACUGCAUGGGCUUGACUCACAACUUGAAUCACGCAUUGCGUUGUCUCACUGAUAGUGAUAAUCCACUAAACUUUCCACUAUGGCAGAGACAUUUGUUUGACGAUUAGUAAUGAAAGAAUCUGAUAGUGAUUGAGUCAUUAAAAAUAACCAACACUGAGACCGAUCGUUUUCCGGCGACUCCUAACGAAAUGCCUGGAUUGAUUAUGACACAUGUACCGUCAGAUCUGUCCCGACGUACUGCAUCAAACUUCUCCGAAACGCCACACACUCACACCGGCACCUCGAUCAAUAGCUCCGCACGCCAGCCUUUCAACGCACCACAGAUGACGAUCUCCGCCGCUACUCACCCGACGUCGUCGGCAACCGGCCCGUACCAUGGCGGUGCCGCGUGUACGAUGAUGUCGGCAUCGUCGUCGAGUCGAAUUGUACGACCUGCAGAACGACUUCGGCUACGGGAAUGGCUCAGGAAGAUGAUUGAGACCCAGGCUAUUCAGGGAUUGCAUUGGAUUGACAAGGAAAGGCAGAUUGUGAAGAUCCCGUGGAAACACGCGGCAAGGCACGGGUGGAGUCGGGACAAGGACGCCUGCCUGUUCAGAGCUUGGGCUAUCCACACAAAGAAAUACGACCCCGCGACCGACUGCCCGAAGGCCAACCCGAAGGUUUGGAAGGCCAACUUUCGGUGCGCCAUCAACUCCCUUCCCGACAUCGAAGAGCUGAGAGAGAAAGGGAAGACGAAGGGCAACGACGCUUACAAGGUCUACCGUCUUCACCCGAAGAAGUCGAAGAGACAGAGUCGAGAUGCUGAAGGUGCAAAUAAAGUGAUUAAGAGGCAAAGAAGUACAUCCAAAACCCGCGGAGGGAACAAAACGGAAAAGAAACAGCGAAAAAGAAACAGCCUCAUCAUCCCUUCCGCAGAGAGUCUUAAAGCUGAGCAUCCCUCUGUAACCAGACUAUCGAACGCCAGCGAUGAAUUAGCAGAGGACCUCUUAAAUAAAAGAAUAGCUGAAAUAAGGGCUUCAAAAUCAGAUCGAAUGAGCCUCAACGUCAAGUGCGUUUUCAACCCGCCAAACGGUUUAUCAUCGACAGUCUCUUCCCAUGCGCUGCUGUCACCGAUGUCGCCCCCAUCCACCCUCCAGUCGCCGACGACCCCGUACUCGAUGCCCACCAACGGCCACCACUUCGCUUCACCGAAUGCCUACUCGUCUACCAUGACACACAGCACGUGCGUUUCGCCGUGCAGCACGGUAGCGUCGACGCCGGCCAGCACGCCGCAGUCGCCGCCGCCGCCGUACCAAGUGGUCAUGAAUAAUAGACAGGAGAUGCAAUACCGGUUAGGGUUUAACAUGGAGGCAAGAUUUGAGAUGAGUCAUCAAAAUCAAAUGGGCUACGAAAGCUAUCACGAUGAUCUAAGUGACAGCGAUUCGUGCGGAAGGAUGUCGGAGGAAGAAGUAGCAAAUCUGGUGAUGGAGCUGAAAGACCAGAGUCCUGGGCACAGCUCCCGGAGCAUGUCCCCGCUGGACGGGAACAACAACCUGGACGCCACCAUGGAUUACAGCUCCUGCUGGAGCAACCAGAGGCAACAUCAAGACGAGAAGGCAUUCUUCGGGGGGAACAACUACCAGACAAUGGCCAUGACAAAUAACAGAGUGAUGGCUGGGGAUGUCAAUGGUUACGAACAAACCCCUAUGAUGACCCACAUCAAAGUCGAACCCGAGACCCACCAUUCCAUGCAGGCUGCGCCCCAGCACCAAAACCACAUGCUCAAUGGCUUUGCUCAACAAACUUCUAUCUGUCUCAAUGCACAACAUCAAGGUGCAUAUGCCGACCCAACCAACUAUCUCCUUCAUCAACUCUGAGUCCUUAUAAACUUGAAAUUGAACUCGGGAUGAAGUGUUUUUAAGUGCAAGCCGUCACGCUACCACCUAGUUUGAACCAGUCGAGGGUGGUUUAAACCAGAUCGAACUGGAAUUACGGCGGAUCGUCGCAUUGAAUUUGAGCUCGAUCGAAGCAAGACAUCUUUGGAGGAAGGCGUUGGAAAGCAAAAUAAUUAAAACGUCUCACAAUCUUGUCCCGCUUGUGCAUAUUUUCCAAGAUGUGGCUGCAAAGAAACAUGAUGACAGCGACGAUGGAUGUGUGAUUUUUUAACUCCGAAACUUUUUUUCAAGUGGCGACGAGAUUCGCAAAAAUGAAAGUGUAGUUGGAUUUCAUAUGCGUCAAACAAAAACUAUUUUGAGUGUUCUUCCGUACUUUUCAAAACCUGUGAGUGCUUUAACAUCGACACUAUCUAACAGCUUUUUGAAGUGGGAAAAAAAAUGUUUGAAUGCAAGGCAAGGAGCGACAUCGUCUUCAGUUUCGGCGGAUACUUCUCAAAAGGUUUGAUGUGAAAAACAAUUCCUACUUCCUCUGUGUGAAUUCACGAUUGAACUUCCGACGAAAGCAACAUUAUGCCUUAAUCCGUAUUAUUAUAGAUUGCCGUGGAUUUUUACAAGUUUGUGCACAAUGUGCCUCCUUUUCUAAUCUGUGAUUGAAAAAAGAAACCUAGUCAAAAUCUCGUUGACAUUAAAAGUACUUCCGUGAUAAAUGUCUUCCAUCAAUAUCACAGUAAUUGAAGAACACUUUUUUUAUUCAUCAUACUUCCAACAUGUUAUUUUUCGUCAUGAGUCUCGGUUUUGUUAUGACAUUUGAUCGUUUCUUGACUGAAAUUUGAUCUUGUACGACGCGUUCAGUUUCUCUACUAUAGGUCGAGGAUGAAGGAUUAGUGCAUGAUCAUAGUGCACUUUCUUGAUGAUACAAACGGAUACGGAACUGUUUUUAAUUAGUACACUUGAAAGUAUAGUGCAUGAACUGAAAUAACCUUAAUUACACAUCCACGUACAUUAUGCUAUCCCUUUUAAUAGUCUCGUGAUUUUCACAAAUUAUUUUUUGUUGUAGAAAAAAAAUUGAUUGGUCAUGAUUAUCACAAUGCUCUUAGAAUCAAAUUCAUUUUAAGUGUGUCUGUUUCUUCUCUGCAGAAUUAAUUGCGCAGUAGUACGAGUACUUACAAGGCAUGUAGAUUUUCUUGUAGAGUAGAUUAGAGUCUUCGAUCGCAUUCCCUUCUAAAGAAACGAAUAGCUAUGGUUUAGUGAUGUUGUUAUUUUGAGGAAAUAUAUUCAUUCAAUGAUUUGUAAUUGAUUAUGAUAUAUGCAAACUGUUCAAAGCCACCGAUUGCAGAGUAUAGUAGCAGAGUGUUUCGUUUGUUGGGGGGCAGAAGGGCUUUAACGCUGUGAAAAAUGUUAGGAGUUAAUGCCCUUCUGCUCUGAUCAGAAAGUUUUUUCUAAGAUGAACAAGGCUCGUCUUUAUUUCUGCGAGACUCGAUGUAUAAUUAUGUAAUAUCAUGCAAAAUGAUUUUUUUGAAAAUGUUGUUAUUGUGGUGGUUUAUUCGAUUGAAAAUGCUCAUCUCAAAUUGAAAUUAGAUUGCGAUUUUGAAAUGUUUAUAAAAGAUUUACAUCGUAAAUCGUCGACUGAAAGCCAGAAGGAAAUUAACUCAUAAUUUUACACAGAGUUAACGCCCUUCUGGCUCUCGACAGACUGUUCGUUAUUUUUGACAUCUCAUGUGUAUGUUGUACUUAUGGCCAUGUUUGACAUGGGCUGUUAUAAAUAUAUAUAUUGUACAUAUAGUAUUAUAGAUGUUUUUUAGCGUCAUCGUUUUGUUUGUAUAUAUAUUCUCCAUUGUUGUUCGCUCUCAUUUGUUUUGAUUAGUCAUCGACUGUAAACAUUUUGGGCAUUCGAUACAUAUAAGGAAGAGUCACUUCGUUAUUAUUCUGCUUCCGUUUCUCGUUCUCCGUCAUUCCUCCCACUCUCUCUCCUCCUUCAUCCCUCCUCCUUCAUCCCUCCUCCUAUUUGAAGCCCUCUCCAUAACUCGUAUAUUCAGCAAAGUGAUGCCCAUCGUAUCAUUUAUAAAUCAACUUGCUGGACAUGAAUGCUUUGCUCUAUGUGAUAUAGCAAUUAAAUACAUGUAUCAGCUAAAAUUAGGUGCAUGAUUAUUAGUUUCGUUGGAAUAAUGACACUCGGUUGGCGCCACUUUCCACUCAAUAUACUUCAAUGUAUUGUACUUAAUCAUCAUCAUCACCACGCGUGUGACAUGUAUUUAAGGGAGUGGGCCGGCGAGAAGAGGAGGAAAUAAUUUAUGUUUUGUGCGCAUCGAAAGCAUGACAUCCGCGUCUAAUUUCGGAACGAUCUAUAAAAGAAUACCUGUGAAAUAAACAUUAAACAAGGAGUGUAUUAAAUGUCCUAUUCUGGAUUCGAAACAGAUACCAAAUGGAUGAUGAAAGAAUGAUAUUAAACCAAGUUUUCCGGUCAACGCCCAAUAAGCUAUCCUUCAAAUUUGAAGGCGUAGGAGUAGCGAUUUAUUGAGUAAGAAGUGGCUCGUUAAACGUCAGAGCAUUAAAUCGUCAGUGAGAGUUAAAGGAAAUAUUUAUGUCUUCGUUCGAUCAGUCUUCGUGACAGUUUAUUCAUGCCUCGUCUAUGGUCAUUAUUAUCCCACCAGGGCCCCGCGUGUGCGGUGGUCACAAAAGGAGUUCGCGAAGAAAUAAUGUCACACUAUAUAGUCCCACAUAUUCAUUUUCGAGCCGUUAUCGUCUGGGACUAUUUCCAAUAACAUGCAUGUGCUCUUUUUACCACAAUGCAUAUUAUCCAACGUAUAUUCUAGUUACGGAAUAUCACCGAUUCCUUUAAAUCUAUGCACUAUUUCCUUUAAAAGUAACAGCUUCACCAAUAGUUACAAUAUUUUGUAAAUCAAUAUUCUUCUACUGCCAGUUGCCCUCUCGUGUGCUUUAACGACUGAUUAUAAUUAUAGACGAGUGUACUUCUGUUGUCUCUCUGUUCUUUUGUAAAGAUCUAAUUAAUUUUGAUUGCUUUCUUCCGAAUUAUAAAUAGAAUGGGGAAUACAAAUUUAAGAUUGGCCAUACAGUGUGUGGUACGCGUUUUAAGUAACCUUUAAAAGGUCUUUAUAACUUAUUUUCAUUUUACUUCGUAUACAAUGCGUAUUAAUUAAUGGUGAUGGCAACUUAGCUGGAAUAGGGAGCAUUUAUUGUGAACCAAAAUGACACGGCUUUUUUUCAUGCAAAAAACUUUGGUUGUAAAUCGUCAUUUUUAGUAAUUUCAAUGCACGCUUCAAUUCAUAAAAAGAUUCAACUUGAUCUCAAAUGUAUGAAUUAUUACAUUUCUACUUAAUACUGUUAUACAUGUACUUAGUAAUGUAUUACUAUCAAAUUUUGUGCUGUAAUUGCGAAUAACUGGAAUGCUUAUUGAAUGAUGUAGUGAUGUUUAAUUCUGGAUAGUAUUGCAAAAUGAAUUGAAUUUGCAUCGAAAUCUUUUAAAGAUACUUUACCUUCAUGGAUCUGCUUUGAAAUUUGGAAAUGUAUGUUGCCGUACAUGUUCAUGGUAUUAUGAUGUUAGUGUUGUAUUGCUUUUGUUUUGUACUGUGUAUAAUUGUUUCUUUGUUUUGUACUGUGUAUAAUUGUUUCUCUGUUCGCAUCUGUAAGUUUGCAGUACUUCCCUAAUGUACUUUCUGAGGUACUUUUUCUAAGGAUACAAUGUGUGUAUUACUUACUUUUAAAACUAGAUUUUGUGAUAAACUUUUUGAUACCUUUGCAAA